AUGCGGGCCGCCUGGGUGCUGCUGACGGCGCUGGCCGUCCUGUCCGCCUACUACGUGUACCUGCCGCUGCCCGGCACCGUGUCGGACCCCUGGAAGCUGAUGCUGCUGGAUGCCACCUUCCGGGCAGUGCAGCAGACGUGUCACCUGAUUCACUAUCUGAGACUCAGCCAUCACUUGAUAGUUUUGAAUUAUUUGAUUUGUACCUUUGACAAGCUGAAGUCUGUCUCCUCUGAAGACAUUAACAUCACGGAUGCUGUUUUUGAUGGUGUGGAAGUCAGAGUGUUUGAACCUCCUGCGAAGCGAGAUGAAAGGCUCAAGCGCAGCGUUGUUUACAUCCACGGAGGGGGCUGGGCCUUGGCAAGUGCAAGAACGAGCCUUUAUAACAAUCUCUGCAGAAUCAUGGCUGAAUCUCUCAAUGCUGUAGUUGUCUCAGUUGAAUACAGGCUAGUACCAGAGGUGUGCUUCCCCGAGCAAUUCCAUGAUGCUCUUCGUGCUACCAAGCAUUUUUUGCAGCCUGAUGUCUUAGCUGAGUAUUCAGUUGACCCAAGUCGAAUUGCAAUUUCUGGCGAUAGUGCGGGAGGAAAUUUGGCAGCUGCGGUGUGUCAGCAGCUUAGCAAAGAUGAGCAUUUGACCAUCAGACCAAAACUGCAGGCCUUAAUUUAUCCAGUCCUUCAGGCGUUUGACUUCAAUACACCUUCUUAUCAGCAGAACAUGAAUAUGCCCGUUCUUCCUCGUUAUGUCAUGAUCAACUAUUGGAUAGAUUAUUUCAAUGGUAAUUAUGACUUGGCUCACUCACUGCUGAUAAACAACCACACUGCUCUUGACGUUGGCCAAGCUCUCUCUUUCAGAGGACGUCUGAACUGGACAUCCCUACUGCCUUCAUCGUUCAAAAAGAACUACAAGCCUGUAAUACAAACCACAGGCAAGGCUGAAAUCAUCCAGGAGAUACCAGCGCUGCUUGAUGUACGAGCAGUCCCUCUCCUUGCAGAAAAUGAAACUCUGCAGCUGCAGCCAAAGACUUACAUCCUGACCUGUGAGAAUGACGUCCUGCGAGAUGACGGGGUGAUGUACGCCAAGCGCUUGGAGAACGCCGGCGUGGAAGUCACGCUCGAUCACUUCGAUGACUGCUUUCAUGGCUGUAUGAUAUUCACCAUUUGGCCUACUGAUUUCUCAGCGGGCAUUCAGACCAGGAACAGCUAUAUAAAAUGGCUGGAUGAAAACCUUUGAAGAGAGAGUCUCUCUAGAAGACACAGGGUGUGCAACUCUGGUGUCUGUUCUUGCUAAAGAGCAAACAAUGAAAAAGUGCACUUUCACCUGCAGCUGCUGGGGGUUACAGACCACUAACUACAGCAUUCCCUGGUUCGAUUGGCCUUGCCCGGCAAAGUAUUUUGAGAAAUACUUUUUCAAAGUUUGAUUCCCCCCCACCCCCCUUCUUUCAGAUGAUAAUUGCCAAACAUAGAAAUGUUGAGCAAGGAGAUCAGCAUUCCUGUAGCAUUCUUGACUGGCUGCAACUUUCCAGCUUUGACUCUUAAUUAGGCACAAAGGCCACAAUUUUCAAAUGAUGUGAAGUAAAGCCAAACACCUACAUCUACAUCUGGUUAUGUAAAAAUGGGAGCUAGUUUUCAACAGUGGUGAGCACUCUCAUCUUUGGCAGCAGAGCCAUGCAUUUGAAUGUCAAGCAUGGAUUUAGGUGUUGGCUUUUAGGCACGUAGACAAAUGGCUCGUUUAAAUUUUAAAAAAAAAAAAAAGCUCUUCUAGGCAGUUAGGAUGAUGCUAGACAAGUCUCAUCACCAAACAUGUAAUUCAGCUUUGGAAUUUGGUCUCUAUUGCCUUUUAGUUAUUUAUAUUUUAUAAAAGCACAGGACUAAAUAUAUUUUCAAUAAAAAGUAUUAGAGCAUACAUACAAAUAUGUAGGAUAAAAAUUAUGUGUAGCAGCAGAAUCCAGGUUGCUUAUGUGAGUGAACUUCAAAGCUGACUACUUAUUUGGCUAAAGAGGGUGACUUCAUCUGUGUUUAAAACCUCAGUUGUAUGACCUCCUUACAGAAAAUACUGAGCUUACUUAAAACAAUCUGCUGUGUGGUUUGCACUAAUGUUUGUAAUUAAUAGUAGAAGUUUUUGUUCAUUGACUUUUCUUUUGUGCUUGUAGUGUUUAUUAUAUUUCAUGCUUCCUGGAAGGAGGGAAGCAAGCAAACAGAAGUGGGCUCUAAUUUAUGCGGAAGAUUUAAAUCUGAGCUUUGCAGCUAAACUUUGUCUGUCUUGUAGACUGACUCAAAACACUAGGUAAGAUGAUCUCGCUAUUGUGCAACAAAUCUCUACAGUUUGAGCCAGUCUGUAAAAUGCAGACAAGCAGGACAGGGAAGUGAAACCACUUGUGACAGUGUAUAUUGUCCAGGAUGCUUACGGCUUGCAGAAAUGAAGGUUGUGUCAAAAGCCCAGCCUUUCUAGGUGAAGAGGAGAGAGUGGCUGACCCGUGACUAAACCAAUGGAUUAAAUUCAUCCUCAGCUUUACCACAGACUUCCUGCAGGACCCCAGGAGAACAACUUAAUCUCCUUAUGCCUCACUUUCUUUUUCUGCAGGAGAGGGAGUAGUAAUUUCCUACCUCACAAAGGAGCUGUGAAGCUGAAUUCACAGGCAUUGGUGAAGCACACGGAUGUGACGGUGACUGGCAGGCACUGAACAGAUCCCGUAGCUUUUAACUUUCCAUCCUUCUCCAAUAGCUGGCUCCGCGCAGCCUGUCCCAGCUGCUAGGCUGCGGGUCCUCUGGGGCAGGUAGCUUAUCUUUGUCCUGGCUCCUGUGAAAAUACCAUAAGGUGAGGAGCCUUGGCCAUUGGGAGAUCAUGACAAAGGCUUUCAUUUCAUUAAAGCGUUUCUUAUGGCAGGAUUCUGAAAAGUUUUGGGUUUUUUUUUUUUUUUAAAAAAAGGUACUGGUAGAUCAAACUGCCUUCUGUCAUUUAAAACAUAUACAGACCAGUCCACUUUCACUGGUAUUUAAAUUAAAUAAGAGAAUGGCUUUGAAUCAUUGCUUCCUAGAAACAUCAGGUUGUUAACGUGGUUGUAUGUAUUAAGAGAAGCUAUUAAUGAGACAGGGCCUCGAUGUGGGCUCAGUCAUGCAGGCUGAAACUCAUUUCUGAGCAUAGGUUCACACAGAGGUCACAAGCCAAAGCUUUUUCAACAGUGGGUCAGAUUCUUCUUCCAUUUAGACCGUUACAAAGACUCGGUGGAAUUAGAGCAGCAGAGUGAUAAUCUGAAUCAGAUUUUGAUCAAGAUAUCCAAUUGACACUGCAGAAGAAUUCAAACUCUUUUCCUGGAUUUAAACCCUCUUUCCUCUUUCCCCCAUAAACACAACUUCAGUAGAUAUAAUUUACACUUAAAACAGACAGCAACCAGAGUUAUGUCCAUUCUGAAGACAAAUUACUACUCUUGUAAGGUCUGCUCCAGGGUCCUUUCCACUGUAUGGAGACAGCUCCAUUUACUUGACUUUAGACCAUGACUUAGAGUCAAAAAAUAUCAUUACGCUGAGUUGUAACAACAGGCUUCUUCCUGGCUUUCCCACUUAAGAGUAAACCUAUGUCAGAAAAGAUGUAAUUUAUAUCCACCUGCUGUCAUUAAAAGAUAGUAGUAACUGUAGUACUGGGAAGAAAGUGGUUAAUAUUCCUAUAAAUUCUAUAAUAAUUAAGUUUGCCUGAGAGCUGUCUGCAAAGCUUUAGACCAGCAUUUGUUUGUAGCUGUUAUAAAUAUCUGCUAUGAAGCUAUAAUAUAAUUGCUGCUGUUUUUGUUUUUUUUUUUUUUUAACUGAAAUGAAAUGGGAGAGCUGGAAUACAUGUUCAUGGUGUUGGUUGUAAAUUUCCUUCAUGCACUGAAGCACAUUAAAAUCUUGGCACAA